AUGAAACACUGCGACGCCGAACAUAUGAUCAACAUUAUAGUCCAUCACAAAAAUCAAAUGAUGAAGACCAUUCGUACGCUGAAACACAACAUCAAAACAGCAAAAGCCAUUCAAGGAAACCUAGCAAAAACGCUAACACAAACACCACACUUUCUAAACUACGCAGUCUCAGCUAAAAUAUUGGACACCGAAGAUGUUUUCAACACAAAAGCAAACAACGGAGUUGUCGCGUUAGAAGAAGAGAUUAACCAAAGCAUUGCAACACUAAAGAAAAUUCCAGAUAAUAUUCCAAAAGGUUUUAAUUUUGGAAACAUUAUAAAAGAACCGUUAGAAGGAAGUGGGAAGUCAAAAGAAAUUAUCAAAGAUUGUCAGGGUUUUGUUUUGAGGGGAUAUCGUUCACACUGCUUUAUUUUUCUUAUCUUCCACCGAGACCAACGUUUCCUUUCUCUUUCAUUCUCCCGCGUUCGAGAAUACUCUGUGUUUCCCUCUUCGUCUCUUAGGUCAAGAUUCUUCGUGUCUCUCGUCACUACCGGAUUCAUCAUGCUAUUGGGUUGUACCCUUAUGAAUUGUAGUUGUAUGACUUCUGGUUGCGAUGUCAUUUUGUUUCACUGUCAUCAAUCAAGACAAACAGAGUACAUAUCUUCUCUUCUGAUCUCCAGGGAGGUAACAACCAUCGCCCUUUUUGUCCACCAAAACUAGAUGGAUGAUCACAUAUAUGAAAGAAUUGAGAUCUAUUGCGUGAUGAUAUAACAAAGUACAUGAUAUGAUGGUGAAGUCAUCUCAUCUGAUGGUCUGAGAGAAACUAGAGCAAUACUGAAGCAGUCAAGAGCAACUAGAAAUCUGGAAGAAGAAAAAAAAGGCUAAAUGAACAUUUACAAUGGUG